UUCCCCUUCGGCCCUUCCCUCGUCACCUCUCCCCUCUCCUCGCCACUCUCACUCUGCCGCGGCGCGCCUGCGCCCGCCACACACGAGGGGCCUAUGGACACGGUGGCUCCCCGUCUGAGCCGCUCCUCGACGCGAUACGGGCCCAUCAGCAGCAGCGCUGCCUCCUUCAGCGGGCCCGUCCGGAAGUGGCGCAAGGCCUGGGUGCCCCUCACCGGCGCCGGCACCGCCGGGUCCGGGGGAGGGAGCUCACGAGGUGACAAUAAGGUGGUUCUCUUUAGGUGGACACCUGUGAAUGGCGGCUCAGGAGGAGGGGCAGGGGCCGACGGGGGCAUGGAGCCCGCUGCAGCGGGGGCCUCCACCUCCAGGCGGCGCUACGUCCCGGCUGCAGGGGAGGCACAAAGCACUAGCAAAAAGGGCACCAGCAGUGAGCUCAACUUGAACCUCGAGCUGGAAGAGCCUGACGAUGAUACUGAUGCCGACAUGAGCACGGACGAGCCGCGCGACAUAGAAGGUAACAAUGCCCGUCCAGAAAGCCGGUUGAAACGGAAAGCAUUUUAGCCACUGGUCACCUAGAGAUGUGGAUCGGAGCAUCAGCUUCAUCUCCCACCUGAAUCGUCCGCCUCCGAGGCAGACUUUGUGUACCAUAAUGUAGCAUUUAGCUUGUAUCAGCCAGCCCAUCGUCCUUUGUCUACUCCAUUCCAGUCUAGAACAGUGGUCAUCGUCAAUGACUGUCCAAGUCCAAGUGCUCAUGUUACAGUUUAUAGAUGAGGUGAGCUGUUAGUUAUGACUUGUCAUUCUGUCAUGUAAGAAAGAUUGUCACAAACUUUGUGCUAGUGUGUAAUGCUAUGUGCCAACAUGUUAAUGUAUGCGGUCAAUGUUACACGCUCU